GAAACAAGACAGCUCUAGACGUCUCAUCACACACACUAUAACAGUAAAAUGCCAUCCAGGACGAAAGGAAAGGGUAGAGCGCCCGAGGUUGUGCCCGAGGCCACCUUACCGUUGGGAAAACAGCUCGCACACACCGACAAGAAGAUCCGGGACCAAGCGAUGGCUAACCUAGGUGCCUUCUUGUCCGGAGGUGGGAUCUUGAGCUUGUCGGGAAAGACCGGCGGGGAGGACGUCGUCCGAGCAGGGAAGGAUGAUGGGUCGAAGCGGUUGUUACCUCCGCUCGAAAUGCGGAAACUGUGGAAGGGUCUCUUUUACUGCUUCUGGAUGUCUGAUAAACCCCUUGUGCAACAACGGCUCGCAAGCGAUCUUUCCUCGCUCAUGCUCUCCAUCGAGCCUGUGAACGACGGAUCGACAGAGGGGAUCGAUUCAAAGACCAACGCUGGGCUGGAUUUCGUGGCUGGAUUUUGGGAGGCACUCGUGAGAGAGUGGACAGGGAUCGACCGUCUCAGGAUGGACAAGUAUUACAUGUUGAUCCGAAGAUGGCAGAAUGCGACUUUUCGUCUGCUCGCCCGAUCAGGUUGGGCUCCCGAGGCUGUUAAGCGAUACAACGAGAUAUUGACGGCGGCCAUCGGAGGACCCUUAUCAACAAAGGAUUUGAAGGUGUCUCCUUCGAUUUCGUGGCAUCUGGCAGAUAUCUGGCUGGAGGAGCUGAACAAGGUGGUGGCAGAGGAAACCGAGACCCCCGCACCACUGGCAGAUAUCGUAGAGCCGUUCAUCCGGCUGUUGACGUGCACCUCGAACCCUGCCACACCAAAACGACUGAGAGAAGCCAUGUUCCAACCCCUGAUCGCUGGCCUGCUACCGUCAGAGGAGAGCGAGCAACCGGCCAAGAAGAAGCGUAGGAUCGAAGAGGAGUCGCACGAGAUCGAUAACCAGUUCCCCGAACUCGCCACUCGGUGUUCCGUGGGAUCCGGCGAGAAGACAGUUGCGAGCGAGAGGGAACUGGCAAACUCGGUCUUGAAGCGGAUGAUGGCGUUGGCGAGUCUGAGUAACGAGGAGGGCGUCAAAGAUUCGAACCGAAGAAAGGUCUACGAGUUUGUCCGAGAAUGGGGUGGUAUUGAUGACGAGGAUGACGACGAGUAGAGAUCGGUCAUGGCAUAGUUUUCGUUUCCGGGUGUAUACAAGCAUUUUGAGCG